AACUGUCAAAUUGGCAGCGCGUUUGCGAUCAAAACAAUUCACAUUUUCUCACUGCUUCCCCGGGAUAUUUAGCAAAGAGAAAAUCCGGCAAUUUACGGUAAAACGUGAUUAAAAUCACACGCACACAGUAUGGCUCUUUUGCUACGGUUAGCACGCCAACGGACGCUGUGUGCAGCGCUUAGUCAGCCGGCACGUGUCGGUCCUUACGUGAAGUUCAGCACCGAAGGUGUGGUGUCCACCGACGGACAGGAAUCGUCUGCGGAAGCGAACAAAAAGGUUGGUGGAUUUGCGAAAGCCUACCAAAAGCACAGCGACUCGCUCAACCCGGAACAGCCCAAUGAACCUCCGAAGACGUUUGCUUCCCUGCUGCGAAAUUCAAAGCUUGUCGAUCUGGGCGAUCCGGAGGGAAAGAUUGUGACGGGGAAAAUAUUCCACAUCGUCGAGAACGAUCUGUACAUCGAUUUUGGCUGGAAGUUUCACUGCGUCUGCACGCGACCCGCGAAGAAUGGCGAAGAUUACGUGAGAGGUGCCCGGGUGCGGCUACGCGUCAAAGAUCUCGAACUGUCGACACGCUUUUUGGGUUCGAACAAGGAUCUUACCCUGCUGGAAGCGGACUGCCAGCUGCUGGGCCUGAUUUCAUCCCCUGCAACCCGCUCGCAGCAAGCACGCAGCACCGAGUUGCCCAAAUAAUCCAUCCUCCCCUCGCAUUCACCGUAGAACGUACAUAAGUUGUAGAAAAUACGAAUUAUCACACCAUAACCAAAGUCA